AAAUAUAAGAAAAACGAAGAAGAGUGAAGCUGGGCGUUAAUUUAUUCUGAGUGGCGACCCGCCGAAAGAGAGGAAGGAUUAAGUGUCUCAAUAUUGUUCUGUGGAUUUGUAGUUAAACUAACUUCUCUGCCAUGCUACUAUUUUGACUUUUAUCUUCAUGUUGCUCACGUAGCGAGUAAUUACAGCGGGGAGAGGAGUACAGUACUGAACCCCAUAACUAAGAGUUGGAUCCCCAAUUGAGGAUAUGAACUGGGACAGUCAGUUAAACUCCAUCCUGUCUGUAGCCGACGGCAACGUCGCUAAGAUGAGGGAAAGACUGACCUCUGCUCGGAAAUUCCCUGAAGGAGCAGAAGUGAAGAGGAGUGGAUUAAAUUCACAUUGGGACCCUCCUACUUCUUUCUGCACAGCGCGCCCCGACUACAGGCCUCCCUCAUCUCUCCGUUCGGGUGUGCAGUGGGCUGACCUCGCUGCCAUUCAGUCACAGCUCCAGAUACAGAGUCAGCUGAUUGAGUCCUUCUCAGUGAAACUCAAUGGCCUGGAGAGGGAGAAGCAGUCUCAGCAAUACCACAUCCAGACUCUGCAAGAGGAGGUGCGGAGUCUUCGUGGGGAGCUAUGGAAGAAGGACAGAGAAAGGGCAGACCUGAGUUCAGACGUGGAGCGAAGGAUGGAGCAGUGGAGGAGAGAGGUUGGCCGUGAGCUCAGCAGCCUUGCGAGGGGAAACGACUUGCGAGGUGACCUGAAGGAGAGCUUCGGCUCCAAGCUCGGUCGGGACGAGCUGGAACGCCUGCGGAGAGAGCUGGACGCGCUGAAAACACAAAUGAGGAGACAAGAGGAGGACAUGCAUCUCCAGCUGACGGAGGUGAGGGAGACGAGAAGACAAUGUGAACACAGCCACAAGACGCUGGAGGAGCUGACAGGCAGCUGCAGAACACACAGCAGCGAUCUGAUGAGGACACUCUGCCGCUAUUCGCUCACUCAGCAAGAAGUGCAUCAGAUGAGAACAGCUGUGUCAGAACUGAAGAGUGAAGUGAGGAGUCUCUUUCACCGAGGACAAGAAUUAGCAUCUUCGCCGCAACAGCUCACAUCGGGGGACCCGCCGCUCGCGGCCCCUCGGAGCCACAGCAAAGGACUCACAGCUGAUGAGGCGGAUUCAGAUUCGGAGGAUUUCAGUCCGACCCCGAGUCUCUCGGAGAUCAGCUCUGAUGAUCUGUCCUGGCUGGAGGACAAAGAGCCCGCUCCACGACGACGGAAACCUCGGAGCGCCAAGUCCACACGGAGCGACUUCACUGCUCCGAAAUCAGACGUGGAGGAUGAUGGUGACGAUGAUCUCCUUAAUGACGUGGAUGUUUGCCCAGAAUUAGAAUCUGACCUGAGUCUUACAGACCUCUAAUGGACUAUGCUGGGAAAUAAA